UGAAUACAUGCUAAAGCAUUCAAGUCAAUUUUGGACACGUGACCGUGACGUAAGCAGUGUAACGUUUGAUGCUCGGAAUGUAAAUCACAUGUCAAGUUCUGAAUAUUAUGUAAAUGCAUGUUUACUGCCAGCGACAUUUAUUUAAAGAGUUACUGGAGGUCACAGAAAUAGUCUUUCUUUGUCGUUUAAUCUGCUCGAGGAAAAGGUUCCACCGUCAGCGACAAAUAAAUGUGUCAACUCCGAAUACAAGCAGCUUGGGAGCAAAGCUAUUUGCGCAGUCUGCAGGAAACAUCACGCUGUUGUUUACUACCACCAUGGAGACAAGUCCGGUACAUUUACUAGAGAAGUAUCAAGCUAACUACCACAUGCAGUUGUUGUUGUUCAAGAUGUGUCAACUCCGAAUAGAAGCAGCUUGGGGCAAAGCUAUUUGCGCAGUCUGCAGGAAACAUCACGCUGUUGUUUACUAUCACCAUGGAGACAAGUCCGGUACAUUUACUAGAGAAAAGCAGCUUGGGGCAAAGCUAUUUGCGCAGUCUGCAGGAAACAUCACGCUGUUGUUUACUACCACCAUGGAGACAAGUCCGGUACAUUUACUAGAGAAGUAUCAAGCUAACUACCACAUGCAGUUGUUGUUGUUCAAGAUGUGUCAACUCCGAAUAGAAGCAGCUUGGGGCAAAGCUAUUUGCGCAGUCUGCAGGAAACAUCACGCUGUUGUUUACUACCACGAUGGAGACAAGUCCGAUGAGACCGGAGUGAGAUGGUUCAUGAUGGUUCCGCGUACACUCGGACUGGCACAGUGA